GUGGGAGCCCAGGAGUGGGAGCCGCCGCCGCCGCCGCCGCCGCCUUCCUCAGUUUGGUUGGAUUUUGUGGUGGAAAAGCUGUAAUCAUUGCUACCAGUAUGCUGGUGCUUUCUGGCAUAGCUGUAAACGUGACUUGACGUCUUGAUGACUGCAUCCAUGGCCAUUCGGUGAUCUGGUAAAUCAUGGAGCUGAAAGUAUGGGUCGAUGGAGUCCAGAGGAUUGUUUGUGGCGUCACCGAAGUCACAACCUGCCAGGAAGUUGUUAUAGCACUUGCGCAGGCUAUAGGUCGUACAGGAAGGUACACGUUGAUAGAAAAAUGGAGAGACACAGAGAGGCACCUGGCACCUCACGAAAAUCCUAUAAUUUCCUUGAACAAAUGGGGCCAAUAUGCAAGUGAUGUGCAGUUAGUGUUGCGCCGUACGGGACCAUCUCUCAGCGAGAGGCCAACUUCUGACAGUGUUGCUCGGAUCCCAGAAAGAACUUUGUAUCGCCAGAGCUUGCCUCCACUGGCCAAGCUAAGGCCUCAGAACGACAAAUCAAUAAAAAGGAGGGAGCCCAAAAGGAAAUCCUUGACUUUCACAGGAGGAGCAAAAGGAUUAAUGGACAUUUUUGGCAAAGGCAAAGAGUCGGAAUUCAAGCAGAAGGUUCUCAAUUGUAAGGCGACUGUUGAUGAGUUGAAGAAACUGAUUCAUCUCCAGAAUGAGAAGCUGCAGUCUAUUGAGAAACAGCUGGACUCAAAUGAUGCUGAAAUCAAAUACUGGGAGCAGAGAUUCAGUUACAGCCUGGAAGAUGAAAUUGUCAAACUGGAGCAGAAGAUCAAAAGGAAUGAGGUGGAGAUUGAGGAGGAGGAAUUCUGGGAGAAUGAGCUCCAGAUUGAGCAAGAGAAUGAAAAGCAACUGAAGGAGCAGCUCCAAGAGAUCAGGCAAAGGAUUUUGGACUGCGAAAGCAAGCUGAAGGAAUAUGUGGCCCAGAUCCAUGGCAUGGAAAGCGGCCUUGAGGCCGAAAAGUUACACCGGGAAGUGCAGGAGUCAAAAGUAAAUGAAGAAGAAGUCAAAGAGAAGAUUGAAAAAGUGAAGGGGGAAAUUGAUAUUCAGGGGCAGCAAAGCCUCCGGCUGGAAAAUGGCAUUAAAGCUGUCGAAAGGUCUCUGGGCCAAGCCACCAAACGGUUGCAGGACAGAGAACAAGACCUAGAGCAGAUGACAAAAGAGCUGCGUCAAGUCAAUCUCCAGCAAUUUAUCCAGCAAACAGGAACGAAGGUCACUGUGUUGCCAGCAGAACCUACUGAAUUGGAGGCUUCACACACAGAGCUUGAGAGGGAAGCAACAUUUCAGACAGGGUCCCUGAAACGCCCUAGUUCCUCAAGGCAGCUUCCUAGCAAUCUUCGGAUCCUGCAGAACCCGCUGUCCUCUGGUUUUAACCCAGAAGGCAUUUAUGUAUAACUAUAUACCUCUUCUGGAGAGGACCUAUGAAGGUACCAUGGACCAUAUACACUUCCCUUCUAUUGUGUCUGUUCUCCCAGUGAUGUGCGGAGAGGGAAAAAAAAAACUUGCUUUCAGAAACCAUGAAGUCUUGGUGUGCGUGUUUUUUUUAAAAAAAAGUCACAUCUACAACAAAAUUGGAAUCCUGCCUCAUGCACUGAUGACGAUGAAGAACUAAAGGAACUGUGGAGGCACACAUCAGAAAUGUUGCAAUUGCUGCCAAACAGCUAUGGUGCAAAUAGCUUCCUUUUUAAUAAUAAUAAUAAUUGUUAUUUCUGAAGCAUUUGGAGAGAAGUAUUAUUCUUCAGCAGGCAUAAAUAGCUGACCAGAAUGCAAGAAAAUGUGUGCAACUGAGUUAGGGGUUAAUUUAUUCCAUUCAGUCAGUGGAUGUGUGAGUGCUGACCUCUUGCUGAAGAGCAGGACUACAUAUUAAGCCCCAUGUAGGGCUGCUGCCUAAAACCGUAUCCCGUGUUAAGUCCCCCCCCCCUCCAACUACACAUGUAGAAUCCCUUAUGCCAUACCCUGAUGCUGCCAUGUUGUGAAUUUGCCACCUCCCUCUACACAUCAUUGUGCACAGCAGCCAAUAUGAGGAUGGUGCAACACCGGGUAAGUGAUUAUAAACAUUACAGGGGAGAACUCAACACAGGGAUGCAGUUUUCAGCGGCAGUGCUGUGUCAGGCACAAUUUGGAACUCCACCCUAACAAGUCGUAUUUACAGUCUGAAGGAGUGUGUGUGUGUGCGUGUGCUUGUGCGAGUGUAUGGUCAUGUGAGACAGAAUUUGCACGUGCAUGCGUGUGUAUGAGCACAGAAACAAAUUAGUGGUUCAUCAUUACAGUGAUUCACACUGAAAAAGUGUUAUUGAGGGUGGAAGAUGCCGAGUCUUUUAAAAACAGCAUCUGAUUUUCUUGUUCUGUUGAAAGUUCUGUUGUGUUAAAGCCAUUGCAGGAUUUUUACAGUCAAUGGUGUAUCCAGUUAAAGGUCCACAGGACUUAAUCCUCACUCGGUAAGGAUGUGUUUAGUAUUUGAUUGAGGACCUUCCAAUUAGACAGCAUUUUAUUAUAUGAAAUUUAUAUUUGAGAUAUUUUGCCACAAUAAAUAUGCUUAUCAAGGAACAAAACUCUAUGAGAUAUCUUCAGUCAAAUGUCUUGCCAAAGGAGUUUGUCAUUGUUUUGGUUUUGGUUUUUUGUCUAGCUUUUUUUUCUUUUUGUAAUCACGGUAGCAUUCUUGCAUUGUAGCCAGCUUUUCCAAUAGACACAAUAAUUCACUAUAAGCCUGUGCUACUUGUGACUCACAGAGCCAAACACAGCCUACCAGCCAUGUAUGAUGGCCUGCCAGGUACUUGGCAAUUCUUCUGAUUUUGCCGUACCAGGCAGGUAGCAAAGGCAGGAGCCUUACCGAGAAAUGUGGUGAACCCUGCGAUUUACAACUGGUGGAGUAUGUUCAGCUUGUGGG